AUGAAGGCCAUCAUCCUCGUCGGCGGCUUCGGCACCCGUCUCCGCCCCCUUACCCUCACUCUCCCCAAGCCCCUUGUCGAGUUUGCCAACAAGCCCAUGAUUCUACACCAGAUCGAGGCUCUGGCCGCUGCAGGCGUCACCGAUGUGGUUCUUGCCGUGAACUACCGUCCCGAGAUCAUGGAGAAGCAUCUUGCUGAGUACGAGGAGCGAUUCGGCAUCAAGAUUACCUUUUCGAUCGAGACCGAGCCUCUCGGUACCGCUGGCCCCCUGAAGCUCGCGGAAGACGUCCUCGCCAAGGACGAUGCUCCCUUCUUCGUGCUCAACUCGGACGUCAUCUGCGACUACCCCUUUGAGCAGCUUGCCCAGUUUCACAAGAACCACGGAGAGGAGGGCACCAUUGUCGUCACCAAGGUUGAGGAGCCUUCCAAAUAUGGUGUCAUUGUCCACAAGCCUAACCACCCCACGCGUAUCGAUCGCUUCGUUGAGAAGCCUGUCGAGUUCGUCGGUAACCGCAUCAACGCCGGCAUGUACAUUCUCAACACCUCCGUGCUCAAGCGCAUCGAACUGCGCCCUACCUCCAUCGAGCAAGAGACCUUCCCUGCCAUUGUCCGCGACGGCCAGCUCCACAGCUUCGACCUUGAGGGCUUCUGGAUGGAUGUUGGUCAGCCCAAGGAUUUCCUCACCGGUACCUGUCUGUACCUGUCGUCACUCACCAAGAAGGGCUGCAAGGAGCUGGCCCCUGCUUCCGAGUCUUACGUCCACGGCGGCAACGUCCUGAUCGACCCCUCCGCCAAAAUCGGCAAGCACUGCCGUAUUGGCCCCAAUGUCACCAUCGGCCCUGGCGUCGUCAUCGGCGACGGUGUCCGUCUCCAACGUUGCGUUCUGCUAUCCGGUUCCAAGGUCAAGGACCACGCCUGGGUCAAGAGCACCAUUGUCGGCUGGAACAGCACUGUCGGCAAGUGGGCUCGUCUCGAGAACGUCACGGUGCUGGGAGACGAUGUCACCAUUGCUGAUGAGAUUUACGUCAACGGCGGCAGCGUUCUUCCCCACAAGAGCAUCAAGGCCAACGUUGAUGUGCCUGCCAUCAUCAUGUAACUGUUCCAUGUGUUGCUGGCACCGGCACCGAAAACGAACCAACGGCGAGGAUGUGGCAGACUUGCCCUGCUCGUACUUCUCCAGCUUCUCUUCUCACCACACUCUUGCAAAUCAUCACUCUUAAUCAUUCAGAACACAACUCCACUCUCGAGAGCAGACGAAGAAACCAUAAUCCAAAAAUAUCGAGGAGACGUGAUCCAUGGCGACGACCACUCGUGCUGCUCUAGCACUCAGCGCGUCGAGGGGGAAGAAGAAAACGGCGGGCCUGAGGCACAGAUGGCACUUUUGGUCCAUUUUCUCGACGCCCUUUCCGGUUCAUGCUUUGAUUUCCUGUCAUCUUGUCUGGAUUGCAUGGACUUGUAUGUAUAGCAGGCACUCGCACUUGUUUGGACCUUUCUUGGAAGCGUGUUUUUUUUUCCCUCGGAACGGAAAAAAAGGGGGGGUGGGGGAACUGGCACGAAAGACAACACACGGGGUAGAGGAGGAGCGACAAACCGCAAAAAAGUGUGAUACCCACCAGCGUGGGUUUGCUUCCAAAAUUCUUGUUGUCUGAGCCUCAGGGGAGAAGGGAGGUUCAUCUGUCUGAAUGGCCUCUGUCACUUCACUACAACUGCCUCGCAGUGCGGUCUGGAAAUGAGGGUUCAUGCGACCACUUUCUCGAGGGUCCAAACUUUCCCUGGUGUUCUUGUACCACCUACUAUCUGCAGACACAGUUAGAUGUGACAGGCAAACAGACCACAGAUACCCGGCAUGAUGAAUGAAAAGGAAAUAAAACAAAAGGGGUCAAACGAGGUUACUAUUCCGCAGC